CCCGACCCGGAUCCAUCCACAACUCUCCUCCCCUCCCCUCCGAUCCAACCCGCACCGAGAUGGCCCGCCCGCCCGCCGCCGCCGCGGACCUCAAGCGCAAGCGGAAGCGCCGCCGCCGCCCCAAGGCCGGCAAGGGCGCGGCCGCCGACUUGCCCGACUUCUUCUCCAACCUCCCCGACGACGUCGUGCUCGCCAUCGCCAACCGCCUCCCGACCCGCCUCGCCGUCACGCUCUCCGUCCUCGCCCGCCGCUUCCGCCACCUCCCCACCCUCUACUCCCACCUCGACUCCGUCAGGUUCUCCGGGCCCGCGUCCCCGGUCCCGCUGCCCGCCAGCCAGCCCAAGCUCCUCCGCCGCCUCGACAUCGCCCCGCCCAAACGUAUCAAGCCCUCCGCCCUCCGCCACGUCAUCAACGCCGCCGCCAACCACGGCCUCUCCGAGCUCGCCGUGCGCCUGCACCGCCGCGUCUGCCUGCCCAAGAACGUCUUCGCCAUCCGCUCCCUCGCCGUGCUAUCCCUCAACACCUGCAGCGUGCCGCCCCUCUCCGCCGUCGCCUGCGCCCGCCUCCGGACGCUCAAGCUCCACCGCGUCUUCAUCAAACAGGUGGUCCUCACCGCCAUCCUCUCCGCGGCGACCGGGCUCCGGACGCUGGAGAUGUUUCACUGCACGGGCUUGGACGCCGGAUGCACGGUGGAGUCGUUGACCGUGAGGAGCUUCUUGUUUAUGCCCAACGUGGAGCAACGGGAGGUCACGCUGAGAGCGCCGGGGCUGAGGACAAUCACGCUUCACACUCGACCCAAGACGCAGAAGGUGCACCUGGAGCCUUCGCCGGAUGUCAGCAAGGUAUACCUGCACGUCGCCAAGUCCCAGGAAAAGGUUCUCUUCAGGAUGCGGCCGUUCUUGGAUGCUGCCACAGGGCUAGCUUCCCUCACGCUCAGAGGCUGUGCUGUGAAGUUGUUAGCUGGUGAAUAUAAAGAUAUUGCGAAGUUGCCAAUUACAUUUGAAGGGUUGAGGAUAUUGUCAGUGAGCUUGGAUUUCUCGCGGGAAUCAGAAGCUGUUUUCCUGGUGAAGCUGCUUCAGAGCUGUCCUAGCCUACAGCAGUUGACCGUCUCGGCUGCUGAAAAUAAGAUGACAGAGGCAUCCUUUAGUUUUGCUGAUCACAAGAAGAUGCUUGCAAAGGCUUCAUGCCUAACUAAUAGCCUGUUGAAGAUCAAGUUUCUUGGGUUCAAGUCUGGAGAAUAUGAGAAGGACCUCCUCGUUUUCCUAUUAAAUCGAACCAAUAAGCUGAAGAAGAUUGGGGUGCAGUUUCCAGCAAGCGAAGAAACCGCUGUGAAGUGGGCUUUAUCUGUGAGGCCAGCCCCAAUCGAGAGAAGAUCUACUAUGUUCAACAAGGGCUACCUGCAGUUGGAGUAUACCUGAUAACUUACACGAUAGGCAUACACCACAUGUUUUCAGUUUCGCUGCACAUACUUCCUUUUGGUAGAACUUUUGUCCUUGACUUGUGGACAUGACACGGGCGUGAUGGUUACAAUCUCGAGUGGUUGGGUUCAACCCUUCUUUACAUAGCUAAGUGAAGUUAGAACAGAGUUUGAGACAGACAUAUGAAAAGAGCAGAGAAUAUCUGGGUUGUGUAAUAGGUUGCACAAGAACAGGAGAUGAGUUUUACUUGUGUUGUCGUAAUGAAACCUCAGUUGCUUUA